CACCUCCGCAGUGUCGCGCGCACCCGCUGACAUGAGAGACGCGCGCUUCGUCACAUCAAGCAAAAAGCUACUGUUGAACUAAAGGCACUAGAAGGCAUCAUGGCCACACCAACAUCCCUAGAUCCAGAUUUGGUCCGGGAGGUGCUGGAAUGCCCCAUUUGCCUGGAAACCUACAACCAGGAUCAGCUUCGACCCAAGCUCCUGCAGUGCGGUCACUCUGUGUGUCGCCAGUGCCUUGAGAAACUCCUCGCCAGCACGAUAAACGGUGUGCGCUGCCCAUUUUGCAGCAAGGUGUCUCGAAUGAGUAGUAUUUCCCAGCUGGCUGACAAUCUCACCGUGUUGAAGAUCAUUGACUGUGCGAGUUCUUGUGUCUCCACCAUGGGCCUCAUGUGCAAGUCUUGUAAAAACCGCCUUCCCCGUCAGUACUGCCGUGACUGCAGCGUUGCGUUGUGCGAUAUUUGUAAAAGCGAGGGGCAUCAGCGUCAGGGCCAUGUCGUACAGGUCAUUCGAGUGGCUGCCGAACAGUGCCGGAAAGACAUCACCGGGAAGCUUUCCAACUUGCGGGAGGCAAUGGGCAAUAUUCAGAAGAAGAAGGCAGCAAUCGACAACGUGACAAAAUCGCUCCGACUGAAGUACAAGGCUGUACAGCAAGAGUACGCCAAGGCCGAGUUGCGGAUCCAAGAGGAACUUGGCCGCUCCCGUCGUGCCUUUGCCACGUCCUUAGCCGAAAUAGAGAAGCUGAAUGCCCAGAUUCUGGAAGAGCAGACAUACUUGCUCAAUAUCGCUGAGGUGCAAGUGGUGUCAAGGUGCGACUACCUAACCAUGAGGAUCAAGCAGACUGAUAUUGCUCUACUGGAGGAAGGGAGUAACAAUGAAGAAGAGGAGUUGGACAUAAAAACCAAUCCUGCGGUCAUCCUGAAACUACAAGAGCCUGAACUGGUUAAAAUGGAGUUUGCGAAACCCUUAGAGGUGGGGCAACUGACCACAAAACCCUGCACGGUCAAUGCCGAGGAGGAAGAUGGAGUCGAUUUCGCCGCUUCCGGCCCUUUGGACAUGUAUCGUGAUAUUGACAUGGUAACAACAGUUGAAGACGCUGUUUGCGCUUCUUCCGGUAGCUUCAAGUCCAAGUCUGUAGACGGAGGAGGACCUUCUCCAGGGGCUUCUGGUGGGCAGCUUUGUCAGUUCGUGAAAAAGAUGGGAUGUAAGGGCAAUCUGCCGGGCAUGUUCAACUUGCCGGUAAGCAUUUGUGUUACGCCGCAGGGUGAGGUUCUCGUGGCCGACCGAGGGAAUUACCGCAUCCAGAUCUUCAAUCGCAAGGGCUUCCAAAGGGAGAUACGGCGCAACCCGAGCAGCAUCGACAACUUUGUCUUGAGCUUCCUCGGUGCUGACCUUCCCAACCUCAUCCCUCUCUCGAUUGCAAUCAAUGCUCAGGGACUCAUUGGUGUCACUGACAACUAUGACAACUCGGUGAAGGUUUACACCACCGAUGGCCACUGCGUCGCCUGCCACAAGAACCAACUCAUCAAGCCAUGGGGAAUCGCGGCUAUGCCUUCAGGGCAGUUUGUCGUGUCCGAUGUCGAGGGCGGGAAGCUGUGGUGCCUGGCUGUGGAUCGCAACGUAGGGGUAGUGAACUACAACCGAUUAUGCUCGGCCGUCAGACCCAAAUUUGUAACUUGCGACUCCUCAGGUACGGUCUACUUCACGCAGGGCUUGGGUCUAAACAUUGAGAAUAGACACAACGAACACCACCUCGAAGGGGGCUUUUCCAUCGGCUCGGUGGGAAUGGAUGGGCAGCUGGGAAAGCAACUCAGCCACUUCUUCUCAGAGAACGAGGACUUCCGUUGCAUCACCGGGAUGUGUGUGGACUCCAACGGGGACUUGAUCGUGACGGAUAGUGGGCGUAAGGAGAUACUGCAGUUCCCUAAAGAAGGUGGUUAUAACGUUCUCAUUCAGGAGGGCCUUACGUGCCCUGUAGGUGUAGCUGUUACCCAGAAGGGACAACUCCUCGUCUUGGAUUGCUGGGACCACUGUGUGAAGGUUUACACGUACUUGCAAAGGAGACGUUCCUCUACGUGUUAAGACUGCUGUGGACACUUUAUAAGACUAGUCACUUUAAUUCAAUGGCUUAAGUACAAAUGCGUUUGCUUUCUGACCUGUGACUUGCAGCGGCUGGGAUUGAUCCCAGCCGCAACCAUUCACCACUGCCAUGGAGGAAUUGGAUUAUGGCUUAUGGGUAUUAUUAUGGAUGCUUUGGGCAAAUGGAUUUUGAACUAUAGCACAACUGAUGGCAAUAACGGAAAAUGUUGUUCUUUAUGCGUUCAUUUCUGUUCUCAUAUGUUUGGUUUUCUGUGUGUGUGUGUGUGCUGCUGUAUAGGCAUUAAGAUGGUGAGUUAAUGACAAGUGAUAUUAUAGGAAUAUUCCAGGUUCAUUAGAAGUUAGACUCAAUCAACAGCAUUUGUGGCAUAAUGUUGAUAAUAAUUCUUUAAAAAAUAAAAGUUGUGGUUUCAAUUGCUAUGUAAAUGGAGUCAUGUUUGGAGGAUUUAAAAGCAGAAGUGUGAAACUUAAGGAUUUAUAAGUCCACUCACUGAACACUAAUUUACGGAUUUAAUUACACUAUUUAAUAUAAUAACACUAUUUAAUUUGUUAAUAAUUUGUUGUUCUCUGCACUCGUAAAAAUGAAUAUGCUUUAUGUAAUCAAUAAAAUUGUGGCAACAGAUUACAAACAAUAUUAUUAAUUAAA